AUGCAAAGCCAGCGACAAUCGUAUCGUAGCGAACUUACGCAGCAGCAUUUGGAGAAUUCGACACGCAAAGAGCGCAAACCUGUGUGCAAAUGGACGGAAAAGGAAGAUCUACUAAUGAUCAAGCUCGUUCAAAAGUAUGGUACACGUCAUUGGACAGUUAUUGGCACGAAGCUUCCUGGUCGUAAUGGCAAGCAGUGUCGCGAAAGGUGGCAUAAUCAACUUGACCCCGCAAUUCGAAAAGAGCCGUGGACACCGGAUGAAGAGCGAACUUUAAAAAAAUUACAUGACACAUUUGGCAACAAAUGGGCAGAGAUUGCUAAGCUGCUGCCAGGGAGGACAGACAAUGCUAUUAAAAACCACUGGAACUCUAGUAAACGACGACUGAAGCGCAAUGGUCCGUCAAAUGAUUUGCAACGCAAGUAUCUUGAUACUUCCAAUGCAUCAAAUGAAAAGAAUUCUUUGAGAUUACCACUCGGUGUCGAUGGUGCCUAUAUCUCCAAUUUGCGACUCUUGAAUAAAGGUGAUUGUUCGAAUCUGGAUCCGAAUAAUUUGCAAGCACCAUUUGCUUUUGGUAAAGCUCAAGACUUCUCGCAUGGUACAAUGUGCUGGACCCCAACGGUUUUAAGUCAUGAUCGUGCAAAUGCAAUGUGGGGAAUCUCUACUUUGGUCUCGCCCGAUGUCAUCAAUCCACUUUCCACAGCCACGACGAUCGAGCCAAGGAGAACCAAACUCAUGUCUGACCGAGCUCCUGUGAUAAAUGGCAAACGCCUUUUAAAUAACUUGAAUGAUGAACAGUUGCCGAUUAAGUCGAAUUUGAAGAAAGAAGAUCCAUCACUGGAGAUUCUGGCCAACGCAGCGCUAUUGCAAUCAAUAGGGCAUUCUGUGUAG